CGAGAUCUUUCUGAUUCUCAAUCAUCGUCAGUUGCCCCUCUCUCUUUCGUGUAUCCCAGCUGCCCGAACACAUGUCCCAAGGUAUCCUAGCGCUUUAUGAUGAAUGCACAAGUUCAAGCCUGGCAAACAUCGAGCCACGAUGUGCUCGGCCCCGGCUCUUUGGAGCCUACGAUGGCGGCGAUGGAAUACCAAACACGUGCAGACCAAGGUUCUGCGAUGCAGCAACGGAGUUCCAACAACUACUCAACACGAGUAGCCUUGUGUUAUGGAUUGCCUCUGGCCAUGACCGGUGGCGAAUCGUCAGAGCCACCUAGGAAAAGACGCAAGGGUGGGAAGAUGUUCUCUGGCUGCGGUAACUGUCGUGUUAGGAAGAUCAAGUGUGAUCUUAGUGAACCAAACUGUCAGAACUGCGGAAAGUCUCGUCGAUACGUAUGCGACGGCUACAGAGGCACCAACGACUUGAGAAUGGCAGAUCAGGUCCCGAGAAGGAGCCCAUCGUCACUUCCUCCAUCGACCACUGAGCCUUCAAGACAGCCACCUCGAAAUGAUCCUGCCACUGCAGUCGCGUCUGAGCAAACAUGGAUGGGCCGAGACCUCGAUAGUCUUGACCAAAACCAAGCCCAACUCGCCGACCUCUUCAACAGCUUCAAUACACCUAUGUUAUGGCCAGAACUUGCCACAACCCCAGAUGUUAUAGGCGAGGAAGACUCAAACCUUGCUCUUCCCGCGGCAUUGUCACCAGCAACAGAUCCUCUGCUGCCGGACUACGAAGUAGAACAGCGGCAAGACCCUCAAAUAACGUCUGGCCGAAACGCAGGUGACCGCAAUGCCGAUGAAGCUGCACCUAGUCAGCCGACGCCAAAGCGGUGGAUACAAACGGACUUUUGGUCCACCAUGAACUACCAGUUGGGUGAUAUACCUUCAGUGACUGUGAUGCCGGAGAAGACCCUGAACGCGAUUCCAUCUCCAGUCACGACCGGCAGCGACUUAUCACAAACCGCUCGGCAGCUUCUGCAUCAUUACCGGACACAUGUUUGCGAAGUCAUGAUGCCGACUUCAGCACCAAAGCUCAACCCUUGGCUCCGACUCUAUCUUCCCCUUGCGACUCAUGAGCCAGAUUCGCCAUCCAGCCAGGCCCUGCUACAUGCAAUUCUCGCAGUGGCUGCCUACAACAAGGCCCAACUUACACCUGGUCAACGAGAAGUCCAUCGCGGCCAGGCCGUCGGUCAUCACCAGAAAGCCACUGCCAUGAUGAGCAAGAUCAUUGCAGCCAAGAAAGCGCGUUCGCAAGCAACCGUGGACACGCCAGAAAGCAAACACGCAUUACUUGCAGCUACAUUGACAUUGACUACGGUAGAGGUUUUCAGCGGCGCAGAUAAGGGAAGCGGAUAUGACUAUCUCCUGCUCUGCAGAACUGUCAUUGAAUUGACCGGAGGACAGAGCUGGUGGCUAUCGGACUCAGUGAGCAUGACAUUGCUGCAGAUUUUCCAAUGUCUCAAUAUCGUCGGCCGCAUAUCGGGCUAUUUUGAAGCACCACCAAGGACGGUCGACGAGCUUGAGCAAGACAGCUUUUCUGAGCCUGAAGAUGAUCCACCAGACGGGCGUCCCAUCGUUGGCCAUGAGCUGCUUCAGACAUCACAGAAAUACACCCCAGAGUAUACACUUGACAUCUCUUUCGGCAUCUCGAUCAAGACCUUAUCCUAUCUGCACAGGAUCAUUAUGUUGUCCAAGAUCAAAUCAACCCUUCGGUUAGGGCAGGACUGGCCGCUCCAUGCAAAGGAAGAGCUCACUAAGCUUGAACGCGAGAUGUUCACCGACAUGGAAAGUGCGUGUCUAGAUGCCUCUUCUUGCAACCAGGCGACAUUUGAAGGUGUCUCCCAGCUUGUGGCCAAUGAGAUCAAGGAGAACCAUAUGUUGGCCUUUCAUUACAGUACCGCCACGUUCUUCAGAAGAGCGAUCUGCGACGGGACCGCUGAUAUUGUGCCUGCGUUGGGCGGCGCGAUGAACCAGGAGCUUAUCGAACGUCCAAGUGGGCAAAGCCUUGUGUCCAAGGCUCUGGAGCAUCUCGAAAACAUCGACGCUCUUGCUGGCGACCUCGCAAUCGCCAACACACUGUGGCCAGGCUUUAUCGCAGCUGCGGAAGCCGUGGACUGGAAAUUACGGCGACGUGCAUUGAUGUGGUUUAGUCGGGCCAGGCGACAUGGCAUUGGAAACAUCACAAAAGCAAAAGCUCUCGUUCAAGAGAUCUGGCGUCGAGUCGACCGCUUGAUGUCCGAAGACCACGAACAACAUUUGGAACUGGGCCAAGUCGACUGGCGUGAGGUCAUGCAUGAUAUGGGCAUGUACAUCAUGCUUACAUGAGAGAGGCCGGGCCAAGCCUCGACACCUCAAUCGUUGGGUGUGUCGGGGGAGGUAUCGAACCUGACCCGCCCAUUGACAACGGUCAUCUUCCGGAUAGGAAUGUUGUUCAAUACACUUUUUGGAAACUCGACUUGAUAUGCCAAUGCCAGCCUACGGACAACCUAUAUCGACCAAUCAGACUGACGUGAGGACUUUGCCAAUGCCAGCCUACGGACAACCUAUAUCGACCAAUCAGACUGACGUGAGGACUUUGCCAAUGCAGCCUUAUCACGUUGCGAAGUUCAGGAGGCUAUCC